UCAUUAAGCGUUUGUGUACAGGAGUGAUUUUUCCACCCCCGCAGAUAGUUGCAGUAAUUUCUAUGAGAGUGAACGAGUUUCACCGAAAUUAUAAGGGAGUAUUACAGAAUUGCUGCAAUAAACUGGAGUCAACUCUGUGAAUUCUUGCCAACAAUUUUCCAGGCGCACCCCACUUUUUGGUCCAUGGGUGGAACUUUAAACGAAAUUGCUCCGAUAGUUCGUGUUGCAUCAAGUUUAUCCAUAGAGUAUGCGCUACAGCAGAAUCCAGAUGUAGAACUUCAGACCAACCAGCGAGCUGUUUCAGAAUCAUUAUAAAAGGAGGUUUCUUUCCAUUCUUUUUUACCCAGAAACAACAUAUUGUUAGUUCAUCAUUCUUUACCCAGAUUCCUAUCCCAAUUAUUCUGAUAUAUCAAUCACAAAAUGGGUAUUACAGAUAGAAAACUCGUGAAAACCCUCUUCAACCCCGACGAGAAGACAGAAGGUUCCACCUUCAUGGCUAUCUUUGUGGGUAUGUUUGCUGCAUGCGGUGGUAUCCUUUAUGGUUACGAUACCGGUACUAUUUCAGGUGUCUUGGCCAUGAACUAUGUGCUCGAAAGAUUCCCAGAUACUCCUGGUGAGUUCACCUCUGGUGAACACUCUUUGAUCGUGUCCAUCUUGUCUGCUGGUACUUUCUGUGGUGCUAUGAUUGCUCCAUAUUUCUCUGAUACUCUUGGUCGUCGUUGGACUAUCAUUCUCUCCUGUAUGUUUGUCUUUAAUGUUGGUGUCAUUUUGCAAGUUGCUGCUACAGAUAUCCCAGUGCUUGUUGCCGGUAGAGCCAUUGGUGGUCUUGGUGUUGGUUUGAUCUCAGCUUGUGUUCCGUUGUACCAAUCUGAAACCACACCAAAGUGGAUCCGUGGUGCUGUUGUUUCCUGUUAUCAAUGGGCUAUCACCAUCGGUUUGCUUUUGGCUUCUUGUGUUAACCAAGGUACCAAAGAUAGAAAUGACAGUGGUUCUUACAGAAUUCCAUUUGCCAUUCAGUUCCUAUGGUCUAUCAUUUUGGCCGGUGGUUUGUUCAUGCUUCCAGAAACUCCAAGAUUCUACGUUAAGAAGGGACAACAAGACAAGGCUAUGGAGUCCCUUUCAAGACUCAGAAGAUUGCCAGUUGACCACCCAGUUCUUAUCGAUGAGCUCGGUGAAAUUACUGCAAACUACGAGUAUGAAAUUUCCGAUGGUAAGGGUAGUUGGUUGGACUGUUUCAGACUCGGAAACUCCCAAUUGAAGCGUGUUAUGACAGGUAUCCUCUUGCAAGCAUUCCAACAAUUGACUGGUAUUAAUUUCAUCUUUUACUACGGUACAACUUUCUUCAAGCAAUCUGGUAUCAAGAACGAAUUCACAAUCACUUUGGCUACGAAUAUUGUCAAUGUCGGUUCCACUAUUCCAGGUAUCAUCUUGGUUGAGUACCUGGGUCGUCGUUCACUUCUUCUUGGAGGUGCCGCUGGUAUGUGUGUUUCCCAGCUUAUCAUUGCCAUUGUUGGAGCCGCUACCAAUUCCGAUGCUGCCAACAAGUGUAUGGUUGGUUUCACCUGUAUUUUCAUCGCGUUCUUUGCUGCCACAUGGGGUCCUGUUGCUUGGGUCAUUACCGGUGAGAUUAUGCCAUUGAAGACAAGAGCCAAGUCUGUUGCACUUUCCACUGCCUCCAACUGGUUGUUCAACUUUGCAAUUGCCUAUGCUACACCAUACUUGGUUGAUGAGGCUCCGGGCUCUGCUGGUUUGAAGUCCAACGUGUUCUUCAUCUGGGGUGGUUGUAACUUCCUCUGCUUUUUCUUUGCUUUCUACUUCAUCUACGAAACAAAGAACCUUACUCUGGAACAAGUGGACGAGCUCUACGCCACAUACUCCAAGGCCUGGCAAUCAUCCAACUUCAUCCCAACCGAUCACAAGUAUUCAAAGAAUGCUAUCGAUAAUGACGAGGCCUUUGACAAGCCUCAGGUUACAAACAUUGAAGAAGGUGUCCUGGAGAAGAACAACUCUUCCAACUCUGACAACUCUCUUGCUUGAUUUUAAUUAGUAUUUUAUGAGUCACGAUAAUAAGACGA